GCGCCAAGUAAAUUUCGGUGCUUGGAAGCAUUGGGAAGGUUGACGGCGGCUUCGCGUAGUAUAUCGCAGCCGUUCCUCGCAGCCAUGGAGUCCAUGCAUGCCAACGAGUCGCCGCGGGUGGUACCAUCACUUCGCGACACAACGUCGUCCAUGGCGUAUGACCUCGACUUGGAACUCGAAGGAACGAACUUUGCCGACCCGCGAAUCCGAGCAAAGACAGACGAGUCGUCUGUGUCCCACACGUCGCUCCUGACAGGCAACAUCAACAACAAUUAUAACAAUGCGCCGUCCCCGUCGUCUCGUCGCUUUGUGCUCUGCAUCGACGAAGUCCGAAUCAUGAGAAAGCGGCAGCUCAUUCCAUCGUGUCUGUUUUGUGGUCGGGUCAAGGUCGGGAAGCUGCCCGAGUGGACGAUUCAAUUCAGUCAAAAGGAGCUUCUGCGAUUACACAUUUGCGUGAUGUGGUAUCUCGUGUCUCGCCUCCACGUGCCCGUGUGGAUGCCGUGGACUCUCGUGUGGGAGAAGCGCGCGUCGAAGCGAUGUCAUGACAAGGACGUCGUCGAGCGGUACUUGCGGACGCUCGUGUCUAUUCCCGAGCUGCACGAAUGCGAAGCGCUGCUGAGUUUCCUCGAAGUCAGCGCAUCGCGUUUGGAGUCCAACCUGCGUACAUUAUCGCACAAAGAGGGAUACGUCCACAUGAAGAUCAGCGGGUCGAACCAGAUCCCGCUCCAAAAGUUUUGUAGCCACCGCAUGGAAAAGGUAUAUCGGCAUUCGUAUCGCAUCUUCCUACGCAUUGCAUUCAUUGCGAGCAUGCUCUUGAUCAUGUGGCCGUUCUUGAUCCUGGCCGUCAUGGCCGUGGCACACCCGAGCUUUGUCAACGAAGUUGUCCAGUCGGGUCGCAUCAUCGCCGGCAAGAACUCGCCCGACCUAUUCGUCGCAAUUGUGUUCGCCUUAGGCGUGUUCUUCGUGCUCGCGUUCAUCUACAAAUUCUUUGAGCGUCGACUCGGGACGGUCCGGCGGUGGGCUGCGCUGAAGUCCAACUGCAUCGCGUUUUACAAGCACCGAAGUGAUAUCGAGCCGAGCGAAGUCGUCCUGUUUGACACGCAGUUCCAAGUGGCUCAAGGUGGGUACAGACAGGGCGUUUCGUGGAUGGCGAGCGGCCUGACCGUGCGCAACAAGGGCGGGUACGUCGAAAUCGAUUGCGGGCACUACUACACGCGGCUCUUGUCCGUCAUGUCGCUGUCGCUGUCGUUUUUCAUCGUGAUCACGAUCACCGCGAGUGGUCUCAACUACAAGCCGGUGCCACUGGACCAGUUUCAAGUCGCGGAACGUCCCGUCGACGACAACUUUCGGGUGCCUCCCUCCAUCGAGAGUGAUUUGAACCACCCGAUCUUUUGCGGGUAUGCUUUCGAGGUUCUGGAGCAGCCGGCGCUGUUUCGGCGCAGGAGGGAAGGCCUGACGAUCAUGACACUUCGGCGGCGAACAAAUCCCGACGACGGGACGUUCCACAAAGUGUCUGACUACAUGGAUAACAACGAGUUCGACAUCUUGACGACGCGUGUAUUCAACAACUACUUUGCCAAGAAGGACACGUUGUUUAUUGCUGUCGUGGGCGAAAUGCGACCCGACACCACUCUGCGCGCCUCCGCGUCGCUCGUGCUGCCCCAGUUUGACACGCCGACGACCUUUGUUGGAAUCACCGGACGCUUCGAUCGUGUGGCUGGCGAGUACAUUGUCACGGACAACUCGACGAUUCACAACAGUUCGGUCCUGUGCGACUUUGCCGUGGAUGUGUCACCCGUGACGUUGACCAACUAUACGAUCAUGAUCGGAGCACUCUUGGUUGGAAGUCUCGUCGCAUCGUCGUUGGGGCUGCUCACCAACUACUUGCUGUCGUUCAUCGGGAUCUGGCACGCCCACGUCCGGCGAGACGAGUGGCUCCAUGCUCUCGUCGAUCUGCCGCCCCAACCCGUCCGCCAUCGCUUCCUGUCGUUUUCACCCAAGCGGGACCAAGCGUGGCUCAAGUGGCACGUGGACGGAGAAGACACGUACAAAGCGAUGCGGGAGGCCAUCCUCGGCGCCAAACACCGCAUCUUCAUUGCUGGGUGGUGGAUUUGCCCCGACUUGCUUCUCGAACGCCAAGACCCGGCCAGCCGCAUGUCGCUCAAGGACCUCUUGCUCUGUAAAGCGAAGGAAGGCGUGGUCAUCCAUGUCUUGCUGUACCAAGAAGUCCAAGUCGCGAUGGACCUGGGGUCGUACUACGCGAUGAAGCAAUUGCGAUGCCACCCCAACAUCCGCGUCCUGCGGGACCCCGACUUUCAAGUCCAGUCGUUUGGGUUUUGGAGCCACCACGAAAAGGUGAUCGUAGUCGACUUUGACGUGGCGUUUGUCGGUGGCCUUGACCUUGCUUUUGGCCGGUACGACACGCCCGAACACCACUUGUCCGACCCCGGCCUCGACGGCAUGACCCACUGGUGGCCCGGCAAGGACUAUUCGAACCCGAUCAUCAAGGACUUUGUCCGCGUCAACGACGCACGAGAGAACCUCAUUGACCGGGAGCAUAUCCCGCGCAUGCCGUGGCAUGACGUCCACUGCUCCAUCAUCGGUGGCCCCGUGCAAGACGUCGCUGCUCACUUCAUCGAGCGGUGGAACUUUGUCUGUUCGAAGCGCGACAACUCGUUGCGGACGGACUGGUGCGUGUGCUUUCGGUCGCGCCGGUUCAAAUACCUCCCCAAGAGCAUCCUCCCGUGGAUGCCGGACGCCACCACGGUCGUUCCUCCGUCGUACGAGCCGUGCUCCCUCCAGGUCGUACGAUCCGUGUCAUCGUGGUCUGCCGGAGUUCCCACCGAGUCGAGCAUCCACACGGCGUACUGCGACUGCAUUCGCGCCGCUCAGCACUACGUGUACAUUGAGAACCAGUUUUUCAUCUCUGGGCUCGAGCACGACGCCGUCGUUUUGAACCGUGUCGUUCAAGCGUUGGUGGAUCGCAUUGCCGAGGCGGUGCGGCAGAACCACGUGUUUCGCGUGGUCGUUGUCAUGCCUCUCCUCCCGGGCAUCGAAGGCAACGUUCAGUCCAAGCAGUCGCUGACGCAUCUACAUGCAGUCAUGCACUGGCAGUACGCAACGAUCCGCACCAACCUCAUGGGGGCACUCGCGAAAUUCACGUCCACUCCCCACGACUACGUCCUCUUUGUGGGCCUUCGAACCUACGGAGUCAUGCCGAACGGGCGCUGUGUCACAGAGCAGAUCUACAUCCACUCGAAGGUCCUCAUUGUUGAUGACACGACCGUCAUCUGUGGCUCGGCCAACAUCAACGACCGGAGCAUGAACGGCGACCGCGACUCGGAAAUCGCCGUUGUCAUGGAGGACUCGACGUUCACCCUGGGCACGAUGAACGGACGCCCGACCAACCAAGGGACGCUGGCGACCCGUCUGCGUUUGCAGCUCUUUCAAGAGCACUUGGGACUGGACGAUCCGUCGGUCGUGCUCGAUCCGAUCUCUGACGCGACGUGGCAAUUUUUACACCAUCGCGCCCAAGCCAACACAGACCUGUUUGAGCAAGUCUUUCGGUGUGCUCCGUCCAACACGUACCGGUCGUUCGAUUCGUUUGACGCGCAAUGGCACCAACUGGACGCAAUCUACGAAAACCAGCGCCUGAAUCCGCUCAGGGGCCUUGCAGCGUGGAGCGCCGACAACUUGCUAGCGGAAGGAGACUAUGCGCCGUGGACAGACGUGAAUGGGAUUCCAAUCCCAAUGGAAAAAGUGCAUCGCGACGACUAUGUGGUGGUACCGGACCCGCUUUUCCCGCUUCUCUCGUCCGACGACCAGGGAUGGUACUACGCGCGCAACUUUAAGAUCUUUCAGGACAUGCGCGUGCACCGGUCGACGACCCCUCGAGUCCGCAAACGAGACAGGUUUCAGCACUUUAUGGCGGAUCGCCUCUUGGCACAAGUUCGUCGCCGCAAGUACGUAAAACUAAGCACCCUCCCAGUCCUGAACGGAUCGUUCAUCGACAUGGUCCCCGUGCUGCGCGACCACGACGACAAAGACUCGUUCUACGCCAAGUGGCGCCAGUGGGGCAGCAAGAAGCUCAAGCCCCCCGCACUGGUCUUGCCGCCCGCCCUGACCGAAUACCACGAAAUGUACGAUGCACGCCACUCCGCCUUUCCUCGGUCUAUCCUGCUGCCGCAGCAGCAGCCGUCCAGCGAUGACCGUAGUAGCCGGAGACGGCCUCACCUGGCGUCCCGGUAUAGCGACAGCGAACUCGAUUACCCUCGUUCGACCCGACAAGUUCUCCGACUGAGCGAAUCCGACGUGACCCCGUCAAAUGCGACUCCCAUCGUCGAUCCGUUGCAUAAAGAACCUCCGCGGUCGUGGCUCGCGUCGAUCCAGUCGUUGGAGAUGAAUUUGCCGCCGUUGUUCCGUCACAAACGGUAUCACGACGACGGCGAGAGUAGCAACUGCAGCAGUUACGACUUUGGCGACGAAGUCCUGUCCCCGUCGCCAUCCAUUGCCGCCAGCAUCCCGAACGAAGCCCAGCUCGGUAACGUCCACACGAACGCAGAGACGCAGGAAGUGACGGCACAUGCCACGCUACAGGCGAUUCAAGGCCACAUUGUGAUUUUCCCCCUCGAUUUUCUCGUCGAGGAAACCCUCAAACCGUCGAUUCUGCCUAGUUCGUUGCACAUCUAAGUUAAAAUUGUUUUCACUUUAUACUAUUGCU